CUGGGUAGCAUUAGGACAUAAUAAACUUCAGCUAAAGAGUGCUCGGGUUGGAAUGCUGGGGGCACUGGGACUGUACUAGACAGGAAAGGGAGGUCUUACAAUGUGGGUAUAUCUGACAGUCACACACUAAUGGAUGAGCUGAACUGAAGGUUUUAGUAAUCAGAAGGCAGAGUUGAAGGAAUGACAGCUGCUCAUAGCUCACAAAGCACUUUAGGCUGCUGAAUAUUUGACGUCCACAAAGAACAAAACACAAUGACAACAGCUGGACUUGCAACGCAAGAAGUCCCAUUGAAAAAUGGGUAUAUGCAUAAUGGUCAAAGCUUAAUGGGCUCAAAGUCUUGCUGGACAAAUCAUAGCGAAUAUGAAAAUACUUAUUAUGAUAUGGAGCCCAUCUCAUUGUCCUAUGGCUUGAGGCCACCAAAUCAGCAACACAUAUCAUCAAUUGGCCACAUUUCAAGGCCAAUCGUAAUGAAUGGCCACUGCUAUUCUGAAAACUGCAUGAAGGUACCCUUGAAGAAAUCUGGCUUGCUUCCGCUUAGCAUGCCUAUUGUAGAAGAUUCAUCUGCAAACUGUGAAGAAGAUCAAGUUGUUCCAUCUUUUAAAAAACUUUCAAUGAAUAAUAGAUCUGGUUCUGAGAAAACACCUCCUCUAACACCUACUAAAUGCAUACAAUCUCCUUUUUAUACUACCAUGUGUGAUCGUAGUUUAAGGCCGCUUCCUCCUCUUCCAAUUUGUGAAGAUCAUUCAGAUGAGGCAGAUAGCGAGGUUGAAUUCAUCACAAGUUCUGAAACAGACUUGCUUAUAGAUGAUGGGAGAUCUUUAGCCUUUAAAUACGGGGUUCCAAGUAGGCGAAGCUUUAGGGGAUGUGGACAGAUAAAUUAUGCAUACUUUGAAUCUCCGUCUGUAAAAAAGCCAGCAGAUGAACAUUCAACAUCUAACCAAAAUGGACAUGUACAAAGCUCCAAACCACAGAAACCAGAGCAAACUCACAGACGGUUACGGAGGUCUCAUUCAGGACCAGCUGGAUCUUACAAUAAACCCGCUCGAAUAGGAAGCCUCACAAACAGGACUUCUCCUAAUUCUGAUGAAGACAAACCAGAAGUUCCACCAAGGGUUCCAAUACCUCCGAGACCAAUAAAGCCAGAUUAUAGAAGAUGGUCAGCUGAAGUAUCCUCUAACACAUACAGUGAUGAGGAUAGGCCCCCUAAAGUACCCCCAAGAGAGCCUCUCUCAAGAAGUAACUCUCGAACCCCAAGUCCGAAGAGCCUGCCAUCAUACCUCAAUGGGGUAAUGCCCCCUACUCAGAGCUUUGCUCCUGAUCCAAAGUAUGUCAGUUGUAAAGCUCUUCAAAGACAGAACAGUGAAGGAUCUGCAAACAAGAUUCCUUGUAUUUUGCCUAUAAUCGAGAAUGGAAAGAAGGCUAGUUCAACACAUUACUACCUUCUUCCAGAAAGGCCACCAUACCUGGACAGAUAUGAAAAAUAUCUUACUGAAACAAAAGACAAUUUUUCAGAGUCAAAAGUGCAGUCUUGGUCUAGUGACAGUAGCAUAUCUUCAGGUUCACCAAAGCAAGACUUAAAAACAAAAAUGGACAUGGUUCACAAUGCCAAGCGUAAACAUUUAUGUGAUGUAGUUUCUCCAUAGACUUUUGGUAGAAUAUCCAGAAAAGGUCAUUAAAUAUUGGGGGUUUUUUGUUCAGGAUGUUACUUAGAAUUCUUAUAAUUGCUGACUUUUUCUCAAAAAGCAAAGGAAAUGAUGAGCAAAUUACUCAAAUAAUGAGCUUUUUUUUUUUUUAAAUAAAGCAUUUAAGUGAU